GGAGUUUCUCGGAGCUGUUGGAGACAAGUUAGGUGCACGCGCACAAGCAAAGGAGAGCAGCCUAGGCGAGUGUCAACAAAGGGGCGGUGGGAAGCUGAACGAGACUAGGUUCGGAUCUAGGGCAAAGGACGCGGAUGGGUAUAAGUUGUGGUACUCUAGAGUCCAAAGGGGUAAGAAUGGAGUGGGUAUCUUGGUAGAUAGGCAUCUUAGAGAGUCUGUGGUAGAGGUUAGGCGGCUGAAUAAUAGAUUAAUGACUAUUAAGUUGGUGGUUGGUGACUACACUUUAAAUGUCGUUAGCACGUACGCGCCGCAAGCAAGGUUGGAUAAGGAGAUUAAAAGGCGUUUUUGGGAAGGGUUGGAUGAGAUUGUGCGUAAUAUUCCACCCGCUAAGAGGUUAUUCAUAGGCAGAGAUUUCAAUGGUCAUAUUGGGUCGUCUGCAGAUGGAUAUACUGAGGUGUAUAACGACUUCGGUUUCGGGGAAAGGAACGGAGGGGGCACUUCGCUGUUGGACUUUGCCAAGGCAUUUGAGCUGGUGAUUGCGAACUCAAGUUUUCCGAAGCAGGAGGAGCAUUUAGUUACUUUCCAAAGUUCGGUGGAGAAGACCCAGAUUGGCUAUUUCCUCCUCAGGAGAGGGAAUAGAAGGUUGUGCGAGGAUUGCAAGGUUAUCCCAGUUGUCCAAGGUAAAGUAGAAGCGAAGAAGGCAGCGUACAUGCAGUUAGUAGGGAGCACUAGCGUGGAGGAAAAGAGGAUGAACAGAGAGAGGUAUAAGGUAGCUAGGAAGGAGGCGAAGCUGGCAAUCACGGAGGCAAAGACAACGGCUUUUGAUCGCCUGUAUAAGGAACUGGGGGACAAAGGCGGGGAGAAGAAGUUAUUAUGA